AUGUUUACAGGAAUAGUUGAGAUAAUAGGAGUUGUCUCCCAGCUCAAUCAUCAAUCCGAAGAUGGCGGCACAACGCUCACGAUCUCCAAUGCCUCCGAAAUACUGUCCGACUGCCAUCUCGGUGAUAGCAUCAGCGUAAACGGCACCUGCUUAACCGUGACAUUCUUCGAUGAAUCCUCAUUCAAAGUAGGCGUUGCGCCCGAAACCUUGAGGCGGACGAACCUCGGCUCUCUCAAAGAGAAUAGCAAGGUCAACUUAGAGCGUGCCGUGUCUGCGACUACGCGGAUGGGCGGGCACUUUGUGCAAGGCCAUGUCGAUACCGUUGCUACGAUAUUAAAGAAGGAGCCUGAUGGAAAUGCCUUGACAUUCCGAUUCCAACCUCGGGAUAAGGCUGUGCUCAGAUAUGUGGUCGAGAAGGGUUAUGUGACACUUGAUGGGGCGAGCUUGACUGUGACGCAAGUCGAUGAUGAGGAAGGAUGGUGGGAGGUCAUGUUGAUUUCCUACACGCAGGAGAAGGUGGUUACGGCAAGCAAAAGCCCAGGUGAUGAGGUCAAUGUCGAAGUCGAUCAAAUUGGGAAAUAUGUCGAGAAGGCUGUUGAGGGCUAUUUCUCGAAGGGGAGCAGCGGAGAACCAGCCAUUUUGCAGAAAAUGGUGGAGAGGAUUGUUGAUGCACGGUUAUUACAAGCAAAGCAAUGA